AUGGCUGGGUCCCAUAGGAGUCCAGUGCUGAGAGACCAGUGGAGUGCCGAUCCAGACCGCGACACCCAUUCUAGGGACAGUCGCAGAGGUCGAGGGUCUCAUCGAGAUCGGGGAAGAAACCGCCAUCGCGAUCAAGGUCGUCCAUCAAGGCCAAAUGAACGUCGUUUCGAAUAUGCUGGUCGCUCGCCACCUGCAUCUACACGGAUGUCCCGCCUCGGCCCUGACACAUCUUUCCCAGCAGGUGGUGACUCUUCCUUUGCCCGAUCCCCACCGCGUGGCUCCCCUGGCCCAUCCCCGGCAUUCUAUAAUACUCGGCGACCGGAUCAGAACCGACCUCACUCACCUGGCGACUGGAACAAUCAUUCGUCAGGAACUUUGAACGGUGGUGGCCCAGGUUUUCGACGAGAUGAAUCCCCUUCUGGGCCCCCAUCCAAACGUAAACGAACCCGGUCUCCAUCCCCCCGUGGCCAAAAUGGUCCAUUUCCUCCGCGACGAUCUUCAUUCGCAAAACCUGGAGAUCGACGCGACCGGAGUCCCUCCUAUAAAAACCGAGGAGGGCGGUUUCCGGGGCGUGGUGGUCCUAGAAGAAGAUCUCCUCGCCGGGGUCGUGGUGAUCGCCGUGGAAAAGACCGCCGCCGCCCCGAUAUCCCACGUUCGGAUCGGGACCGAUCUAGGUCACCCGUGCGCGACCGAGGAUAUAAUCUAUCACCAGACCGUCGCUCUCGGCCACCGAGUGGUGAUGGCUACAGUGAUAGAGGCUCUCGCUAUAAAUCUCGCUCUGUAUCUCGGCAUUCUGCAGGCUCAAGGAAAUCCCCACAUCCUCCACAUCCAGCAGGGGGUGAGACAAUGAGUGCAAAUCUACCAAAUAGGUCUGUUGUUGAUGAAACUGGUCGCUCUCCCUCACCCCGUCCAAUCCCGAACUUCGAUGACAACCAGCGUGGCCAAUUUCCAGUACAUGGAGGGCGACAAUCCGAUAUACCCAACAAGCAACGUCGUCGGUCACGACCACAUCUUGAUGCUCAGCAAUAUUCAGCGUCACCGCAGAUCACCUCGACCAGUUCACAUCAUGGAUCUCCGCCGCCUGCUUCUCCGCACUCCGGAGGACGAGUUGGUUGGAACGGUCAAUCUUCAUAUCCCGCCCCUGCUAAACCGUCGUCACCUUACCGACAAGACAAUCACUACUCUCAAAAUCCUCCCUCGGGACAAUCUCAUCAAAUGCACCAAUCCAUCGAUGGUCCAUCAAAUUCUCACUCUCAAGGUUAUAUUGGACCUCCAUAUCGCGGAGGCCAGUCUGGCUAUCGCGGAAACCAUGCUAACCAGGGCUCAGAUCACCGAUACUCUGGCUCUGGUUCUCACAAUUAUAACAAUGGACCAGCCCAUCGCGGUGGCAGGGGUAAUUUUAACAACUUUCAAUGGACUUCGCGUGGUCGUGGUGGGCAUCAAAGUCCUCGCCCAUUGCAUUCUCGUGACCCCCAGACACCCACUCGCCCAUCGUCCAUCAAUGAUCCUCAAUCACCGCGUGAUCUAGAUGAUGAACUCCAUUCCCAUGCAGCAGACAGCAGAGGCAGAGAUACCGAAAAAGAAGAUCAUAAGGCGCCACGACUAAUAGAGAGCGGGGAUGGCAGCGCGGUUACUAGGGAUAUGCAACUUCCAGCUGGCCACCAUGAGGCUUCAACUCCGGCAGACAAGGGCGAAAAGUUCAGUUUCGCCUUCAAGGCGAAAACCACUCCUAAUACAGCCCCAAAACCGGUUCCGGAUCUUGCGCAGCGAAUGCAAGUUCGCGAGGCGCCACCUCGAGCACCUGCAGCGGAUAUCACAUCCCCACGCAAUCGGUUAACCAACGGACCCUUACCCAAAUUUAAGCCGGAGCCGCGUGGUGAUCGUCGUGGACGUGAUCGUGGACGAGAUAGGGACCGCAGGAAUUUCCGUGAACCACGAGAAUUUCAUGAUCCUCGAGACAAUCGAGAUGACCGCCGAGUCGAUCAACGUCGUGAUCGACGAAGAGGUGACCGCCGUCCUGACUUCCAACCAGAUCGUCGGAGAGAUAUCUCACCAGAUCGUCCCAAAGAGACGCCCAAACAGACGAAGAUUUUAACUCGGUACAAGGAACGCCCAACGUUACCUGCGCAUUACGCCACCGUCGACUCGGUGUACUACCGGAAGCCGGGCAACGAAUCUGUGAUCGGCGCAGGCACGUACGGCAAAGUAUUCAAGGGCAUCCACGUGUUUACUCAGCGUGCAGUUGCUCUAAAGAAGAUCCGAAUGGAAGGCGAGAAAGAUGGGUUCCCUGUUACAGCUGUGCGAGAAAUUAAGCUCCUUCAGCAUCUUCGAAGUCACAACGUGGUCAGUCUCUUGGAAGUCAUGGUUGAGAAAAAUGAAUGCUUUAUGGUUUUCGAGUAUCUCUCACAUGAUCUGACGGGGUUGAUCAACCACCCGGAAUUCUCUCUCAAUCUUGCCCACAAGAAGGAUCUGGCCAAGCAAAUGUUUACAGGGUUGAACUUUCUCCACCACCGCAGUGUUCUGCAUCGAGACAUCAAGGCCGCCAACAUUCUGAUCAGCAAUACUGGAUUAUUAAAGUUUGCCGACUUUGGCCUGGCACGUUUCUUUUCAAAGAGCCACAAGAUGGAUUACACCAACCGUGUGAUUACAAUCUGGUACCGACCGCCUGAACUUCUCCUAGGCGAGACACGGUACGGCCCAGCUGUCGAUGUGUGGAGUGCUGCGUGUGUCUGCAUGGAAAUGUUCACCAAGAAGGCCGUCUUUCCUGGUGACGGUGGUGAAAUCAGUCAACUUGACAAGAUCUACAACUGUUUAGGCACUCCAACUCGGGCUGAGUGGGCAGAUUUUGGGGAAAUGCCGUGGUUCCAAAUGAUGCGCCCUCAGGAGCGCAAGAGGCGUGCAUUUGAGGAAAUCUACCGAGAGGUACUGACUCCCGCUGCAAUGGAUUUAAUCUCAUCAGUGUUCCAGUACGACCCUGCCAAGCGGCCUAGUGCCGAGCAGAUAUUGCAACAUCCCUACUUCCUCGCCGAGGAACCGGCUCCUCAGCAGGCUACUGAACUGGAGUUCAUGGAAGGAGACUGGCAUGAAUUUGAAUCCAAGGCACUUCGCAAGGAAGCUCGUCGCGUCGAGGCGCAGGCGCAAAGUCAGAAAGAUCGGGAGAAGCGCAAGACGGAAGCCUCCAGUGAUCGUGACCACAAAAAGGCACGAACUGACACCCCCUGA